GCCACCCGCUCGCCGCCUCAGCUGCCGGCUGUUUUCAGGGAUCGAGCAGGUGGGGUGGCAGCGCCAGGCAGAAGAGGAGUUCAUCUUCCCCCGCUCGCCCUCACCAGGCGGCUCUGGCACCAGGAGCUGAUGCCUGCUGACUCCCCGUGGCUGCGUUGGUCCCCGAAGGAUCACCUUAUGACAGGCAUCGGAGCAAGAGAAGGACAAGGAGAAAACAAACUACAUUCCCUAAUGCGAGUGAUGAGUUUACGCAGUGAAAGAGCCACCUGUUGAUCUUUGACUCAUUCAACAAAGAAGUCACGUCAAAUACUAACCUGAAAAAUUCCUGUUCUGCCAUCCGAGGUUCCCACUGGCAGAACGCAAGGUGCAUUGGCGACCAUGGAAAACUUUAUGGCACCACUGAGCACUGUCAGCGAGCUUGGGCUUCAGCACAGCAAGGCUAAGUUCCUCCACAACAAGGUGAGUGGGCCCUCCCGGCGCAAGCGGGAGUUCAUGCCGGAUGAGAAGAAGGACAACAUGUACUGGGAAAAGAGGCGCAAGAACAAUGAGGCAGCCAAGCGCUCACGGGAGAAGAGGCGUCUUAAUGACUUCGCCAUGGAGACCCAGCUGGCUGCUCUCAGUGAGGAGAAUGCCAUCCUCAGGACAGAGCUGCUGUCCCUGAAACUGCGUUUUGGGCUCAUCAGCCCGGACACCAGCACCCAUCAGGGCUGCUCUGUCCAGGACUUGCUGGGAAUUUAUUUCAGAGGACACAAAGUGCCCCCCUCGUUUCCCGAGGCAGAGUCCUUUGCUAGGGAUUCCUGCUUCUUCAGGACAAACAGCUUUGUGCCGAAGGUGCUGGAGCCAGCUGACUUUUCAUGCAAAAGCUUUGGCCCUUCCAAAAAUAUCCUCAGCCAUGACUCACAGCAGGCUCCCAUGGGCACCCAGGGUGACCUUAGCCUUCACCAGUCGAAAAGGCUUGAUUCAGCAUUCAGAGCCACAGCUUGCUCUCCUUUCCUCAAUUACCACUGCCCAGACAAAUAUGCCUACCAUUUCUCCUUGUCAGACAGCGCCUGCUUCUUGUCCCCUUUCCCCAGCCUAACUGAGGUGAGCAAAGGAAGCACUAGAACGGUCUCGGAUGAAGACGAUGAGCAGCAAGUGCCCAAAAUUUCUCCCCUACCCCUACACAGCCUGUCCUGCUCUUCAGAAGACCACCCAAAGGGCCGAAGCUAUUCUGCUCUGCCUCACAAACUCCGGAUUAAGACCAAAACCCUAAGCAGCUGGGAGGAGGGCGGCUUGGACUCCCACUGACAUGGCAGAAGACUGGCCCGCUCUGGGAGGCCAACGCUAGACCUUCCAAAGACAUGAGGGGUUUGGAAGGAGGGAAUGAAAGGGAAAUAUCUUAGGCUUCAAAGUGGGAAGUAAUUUUCUCUGUUUUGUGUAAAUGAUUGAUAGGAGGUUUAUAGGACUGGGCUGCAUCACUACAGCAUGAUUGCAUUUGAUGCCCUGCAUUAUCUGUGAUGCUCCAUUUGUCAUAGGAGACCUGCCAGAUCCCUUGGUCACUGUGUCAGUAAGUCUCAGUUUCACCCUGCUCACACACCAAACUAAAGUGUAAAAGGACCAAAGGCAGGAAGAGGCUAAGACAGUGGUGCUGGUAGCCAUAGCAUGUAAUACAGUAGUGGCUCCACCCCUCAACUACAGGUGCUUGGUGUGGCAACCAUUUUAAUUCCCUUUCUUUUGUUUCUUUUUUUUUUUUUCACUUUCAUCCUCUUAAAUGGGGUUUGUUUUACAGUUGAAACUAUUGAUGGAAACAGCUUCAAAGACCUUCUCACCCCAGCUGUCAGGAGCAAGAAA